AUGGAGCUCAACGAGGCGACUCCGCACGAUGCCCGCUUCAAACUCCCUGACCAGAGUAAAGUGGAACACUCGAUGAGCUCUGCACCAACUUUGGUCCGGUGGUACAUUGAUACCCGAGAAUGGGAGGACAAUGGGUGGAAUCUCCCGCUAUUGGAGACACUCAACUCAGCCGAUCAGGCAAAUGUGAGGAAAUUCGUCCAGCCUGCAGACAAGCGCCAUGCUCUGGCCUCGUGCAUACUGAAGUAUCUGUUCAUCCACCAUGUCUAUGACAUUCCCUGGGACAACAUCAGAACUCAACGCACGCCUGACCACCGCCCGUGCUUCAGCCACCCGGAGAACCCCAUCCAGAUUGACUUCAAUGUUAGCCAUCAAGCAUCUCUGGUCAUCUUGGCAGGCACUGUGGUCCCGGGAGCGGAAUUCCACCAUAUGAAUCCCGAGGCGCCUCAGAGGCUGGCUCCGCCUAGGGUCGGCAUCGAUAUUACUUGUGUCGAUGAACCCAACCGUCGUCGCCAUGAUCGGCCUCCAAAAACCAUGGAAACCCUGCUGUCUUUUAUCAAAAUUUUCGAGGAGGUUUUUUCGGAGCACGAAAUGUACAUCAUGUCAAGGCCUCUACAUGUCUGGCGACACUCUCGUGGGUUGGAAUUUGUCGAGCAUGAUUGGAGGACCCAAGCCCUCAUCGACGAAGAGAGCCUAGUGCGCUAUGGCUUGCGACUAUUUUAUUCUUACUGGGCUCUGAAAGAAGCCUACAUCAAGAUGACUGGCGAGGCUCUUUUGGCUCCUUGGCUGCGGAGGCUAGAAUUUUUCAACGUCAUCCCUCCAGAGCCAGUCAAUCCACUGCGUGCGCCGAGGCCAUAUGGACCUACCGCUGGAGCAUCAAACCCGAACUUCAUCCCAUCAUCCCCUCGGAACUGGAGCAAACCCCACAAUGACGUCCAUGUCACGAUGGAUGGUAAACUUAUCGACGAUACUGUCCGCAUGCAGCUUGUCGCCUUCGAAUCAGACUACAUCGUUGCUACCGCUGCCCGCGGAGACUUUGUUGGCCCUAUAGCGAAGAAUGCCUUGAACGACCCCCUUCACCACUUGCCUGGCAUUAUUCGUGUUCGUGAGGGUUUGGACUCUGUCGUGGAGAAGCGUAUUCCGCUCUGUGUUGGAAAGCGAGUCGGCUACAAGGAUCCCUGGAGGUUGAAAUCGGCUAUCAGCGACCCCUGGCUCCCCAUGCAGGAGGUCGACAUCAACCUGGAUGUUCGCGCCUGUUCCAACCCUUCCAUCCCCUGUUCCCAUAAAACCGACCCUGACGAAAUCCUCCCUGACCUCUCGGCCUGA